GUUUAAUUUAUGAGGAAAUACGAAACUACCGUAUUUGUCAACUCAAACACCUACCGCUAUGUUAUAAGGGCACCUUUCUCAAACCAAACCAAAAAUCAGAGCCUCAAGCGGAUAAAGCCUUGAAUCCUUAACGCAUUGUUUGUUUCCUUCUUCCUUUUUUCGUCGUCUCAAAUCUGCUCCUGCUAUUGGCUUCGAAUCUGCCUUUUGAUUUUUUUUUUGUCGAGGGAAAAUCAGAGGGCGGAGGAACGAGUUUUGAAACUCUCUACAUUUUAUCGGCUUUCAAACGACAAUCGAGGCUGAUGAAGUACAGGAUUUUUCUAUAUUUUCUCGGCAUCCUUAAAGAAUUUCUUUUGUUGCAUUUGUAGCUGAGAACCUACUGUGAAAUUGGAUCGCAAAUAAUUUGAGCUUUGGCUUAAUUUAAGCAGUUAUUAAAUUAUCUGUGAUAUAGGGCUGCUUUGACGGUGAUAAUGGAGGUCAAAGUGUUGCAAAAUUUACAAUAUCCUACAUGGGUUGAUUUGGACAAGUUUCAGAGAAAACCAACCGGUUUGGUGCGGUUUUCUCGUAGAAUUAGGGAAGAUAAGGGGGUUCAAGUGUUCAUAUCGGCUCAUAUGCAGCCUAAUAUAACUUCAAACCGGUAUAAAUCUGUUGCUCCGGAGGUUUCCUGUACUUUCAAAAGCUUUCCAGCUUCAGUAGUGGAAACUGGAGGUUUUCAUGCUCCUCUUGAUGAAGCUUUAAUUUUGAAGAAUAAGUCGCAAGAGAUUGAGCCAUAUUUAGAGGGUCGCUCUAUAUAUCUUGUUGGAAUGAUGGGCUGUGGAAAAACUACUGUGGGCAAGGUUCUGUCCGGAGUGCUUGGUUAUUCGUUUUUUGACUGUGAUACCUUGAUAGAGCAAGAUGUGAAUGGAACUACUGUGGCUGACAUAUUUAAACUCUAUGGAGAGGGUUUCUUCAGAGAUAAAGAGACUGAUGUACUCAGGAAGCUGUCUAUAAUGCAUCGACUUGUUGUUUCUACCGGUGGAGGUGCAGUUAUACGUCCCAUCAACUGGAAAUAUAUGCAUAAGGGUAUUAGUGUCUUUUUGGAUGUACCUGUAGAAGCCUUGGCAAAGAGAAUUGCAGCUGUAGGUACUAAUUCUCGCCCCCUUUUGCAUUAUGAAUCAGGCGAUGCAUACACAAAGGCUUUCAAGCGAUUAUCAACUCUUUGGGAAGAGAGGUCUGGAGCAUACGAGAAUGCCAAUGCUAGGGUUAGCUUGGAAAAUAUUGCAGCCAAACUCGGUCACAGAGAUGUAUCUGCUCUCACACCAGCUACCAUUGCAAUUGAGGCACUUGAACAAAUUGAGCAAUCCCUAAAGGAAGAGGGUGAGAUGCCAUUUUAGUUGUGACAGAGCUGCAAAGUCUGGUGCUUGGAUUUCUAUCCUCAUAGAAUGGGUGACGUUCCUAAUUUUAGUAGUGGAACGUUGUUCAUCUUAUGUUUAAUAAUGGGGUUGCAGCGCAUAGCAAAGCUAUAUCAAUUUAGAUGCAUAUCUGUAUAUAUUAAUUGAUAUAAUUUUACUAUGGCUAAUCCCAUGUAACAUUGAUGAUGAAUGAUCACAGUGUCUUGUAUGUCACCUGCGAGCCAUAAAAUUAAAAUUUUCCAGCUGCAAAAAAUAUUCUCAGAGCACCAAGAUUCCAGUUUCACGGAUGGAGCACAAGAUUUUUGUUCUGGGAAGUAAGCUAUAUUUUUAGUUUAACCAUAAAGUGUAUAAUUGAUGUUGUGAGAUAUGGAAUUUGCAUUACUUCACUGUCCUAAUCAAGCUUUAUAGUGAUUAUAAUAGAAAUCUCAAUUGAAAUGUA